AUGGCAGAUUUCACUACCCCCCGCGGCCCGCUCCCCCCAUUUACGCACGAAACCGCCCAAAUAAAAGUCAAAUCCGCACAAGAUGCCUGGAACACCAAGAAUCCACACAUCAUAAAAUUCGCGUAUACGCCUGACAGCAUCUGGCGCAACCGUGAUACCUUUUGCAAAGGGACGGAUGAACUUGUGGAGUUUUUGACCAAGAAGUGGGAGGUGGAGAAUGGGUAUCGGUUGAGGAAGGAAUUGUUUGCUUUUACUGAUAAUAAGAUUGCAGUGCAGUUCUGGUAUGAAUGGUAUGAUGCGAAUGGCCAAUGGUGGAGGACCUAUGGACUUGAGGAUUGGACUUUUGCGGAGGAUGGGAGGAUGAGGAAGAGGAUGAUGAGUGGGAAUGAUGUGAAGAUUUCUGAUCAGGAGAGGUGGUUUAUGGAGGGUGUGGAUGUCAAUGAGGUUGAGAUUUCGGAGAAGCAUUGGUGA